AUGUACCGCCACCCACGCUCUCCCCCUCCGGGAAAAUACAGGAGCAGACCCUACUCGCCCUCGAGGUCGUUCGAAGACGAUCGCGACAGAUACCGCCGACGGUCCAGGUCUCCAGAUCAACGAGAACCCUACUACGAGAGACGUUCGCCUCCUCCGCCCAGAAACGAACCCAGAUACCACGACUACCAGCAGUAUCCCCAGCAAUAUGCUCAGCAGUAUCCUCCUCAGAGGGCCGAUGACUACCGACAUGACGAAUACGGCUACGACAGGCGCCCAGAGCCGUAUCGCGGACCGCAAUACCAGCCACCUGUUCGCGAUGACGAUAGGUGGUCGCAUCAUCAUCACUUGCCAGCCCGCGAUAAUACGGCUGCAUAUGACGACGUAUAUAUGAACCCCUCACAUCCUCCCCCACAAGCGGAGUCUGAAAGGAGAGAUCAUUAUGACUCUAGAGACAGGGUAGUUCACAGAGAGCAGCCGGUAUACGACGAGAGAAAUUCUCCAUCUGAACAUGCUCCUCCCCCAAGGUCUUACUCGGAGUCCAAGCCGCGCGGCCGUGCACCUUCUGAACAAUCAAAAGAUGUCAUCCUUUUGGGCCUUGAUCCCGAACUCACAGAGACCGAGCUCGGAAAGUUCCUUCAAAUCGAACACAAAGCAGCCUUGUCGAGUGUCAAAAUUGUCCGCGACCGAGGUGGGCAGUCCAAGGGAUUCGCAUUUGCUUCGUUCCAAGAUUUGGAGGGAUCAAAGGCUUUUAUAAACGAAAACUACCCGACUAUCCAAAUGCCCGCUCUUCACGCUCACUCCGAACCCCGCAAUGUCAAAAUCGAUUUCUCCGCUCCCCCUCCUGGUGGACACUAUCAACGACCAGCUCAUGAUGGGACGCGCGACAUUGGAGUAGCCGGCGGAGGCAAACGUGUCCUGUUGGUUCGAGGCUUGACAUCCUCUACGACAUCAUCCGAUGUCAUCUACGCCGUGAGCAAGGAGAUUGCUCGAAUGAUGGGACGGCAGGGGCAGGAAUCAAAGGCCGAGAGCACAAUCGUACGAACGGUGAUGAUUGUCGAGAAGGGUCCGAGGAGCAGCUGGGGCUUUACUUUUGUUGAAUUGGCCUCGGGCGAACUGGCUGCUGCCCUCUUACCAUUCCUGAUAUCACCUCAACAUCAACCCAGUGGCUUUGUCAUCAACGGCGUCCCUGUGGCUGCCUCUUUCGCCGACCCCGCAGCUUUUGCACCCAUGCCGGCCGGUCCUCUUGGCGGCGAGCACCUCAUCCGCGCCUCCCGUCACGGAGGCAUUGGCUACGAGACCAUCGAUAAGCCGGAUGGCACAUGGGUCGCGUAUCGCCUCGAGCGAGCAGGCCCCAGCGAGAUUGUGCCCCGUGGUGCCCCUAGCAUCAAAGAGGACGGCACGAUUGAGCUUACACCCGAGCAUCGUUCCUUCCUCGGUAGCCUCGCUGGUGCGCCUCCUCAGGCCCUUGCCGCUGCGUCUGUCGAUGCUGCCAAAGCGAUACAGCAGGCUGGAAUGAAAUCGGUCAAUCUGAGUGGGAGUAUGGCACCCAUUAAAUUGGGGGGUAUGGGGAAGAGCAAGAGAAAGGAAGAGCCAGCAAUCGUCACAAUUCAGCAAAAGAGAGCAAAGGUGGACCUCGAAGGCGAUGAGGAGGAGGAUACGGUUGGAGCAGACUCUAAGCUUCUCUCGAGGACAAAAGGCGCCAAGAUCAUUCCGCCGACGUCAAACAGCUCGAAGAUCCUCAAGAAUAUCAGCAAAUGGAACACCAAGCAGUCCGAACUUGCUGCUCCUGAUUCGAUCCCUGAGACAGGUCGCCCAAAGGGUGUAUCAGAAGCCAACGCUACCCUUGGUACCAGGCGACAGUCGAGCUCGAACAGGUCUGCCCCACCCACGUCUGCUGGCAUUACUUCGGCCUCAGCGACGGCCCCGGCGCCAGAACCAGCUGCUUCGGCACUAGACGAUUUUGACUAUACGGAUAUCUCAUCAUUGGCGUCCACUGGCAAAGUCGCUUGCCUUUUGUGCCAAAGGCAAUUCAAAGCGGAGGACAUACUCAGGAAGCACGUUGCUCAAUCGGAUCUCCACAAGGCUCGCAACUUUUUGUUUAACAACUCUGGCAAUCCCCCGUGGACCAAUUUACGGGAUCCCACCGUCUGCCAAGCCGGUCAACGACGCAAAGCCGCCUCUACCCCCUCCUCUUCUUCUACCCCUGAGCCCGCUUCCGCUCAAUAUCGAGACCGAGCCGCCGAGCGUCGCGAAACAUAUCAUCAGCCGGCUAAGCCUACUCGCGCCGACUUGAACGCCCUCACUUCAUCUACAGCAGCGUACCAGGGUAUUCGAACUUUCCCAUCCAAACCUUCCAAGGACAGGGCUGCUCCUCCCCCGCCUCCACCCCAGGAGGAAGUCAAGAAGGAAGAGCCCAACGUAGGGAACAAGCUUCUAUCCAAGAUGGGCUGGCAGUCUGGAGAAGGGCUGGGUGCAAAUGGAGAAGGGAGAGCUGAGCCCAUCAAGGUGCAGCAGUUUGAGGCGAGAGCAGGUUUGGGAGCGUCAAAGGGUGUGGAAGCCGGAAGGUGGUCAGGGCCAGGAGGAUGGCAGCAGAGAGGCAAGGAUGUGGUAAGUACACCGUCGAAUCCCAGAUUUUCUUCUUUGGUGGCAAAGUUUUGGGCUCACUUGAAUGCGUCAUGCAAGACUCGAGACAGGUUCAACUCGGAGCCCAAGCAACAGAGUGAUUGA